AUGGAGAAUUCCGAACGAGCCCUACUACUAAACAGGCAAAGAACGGAAUCUUCCACCCCUAAUUUAUCCUUACUGUUUGCAAUUAUAUGCAUCGUGGACGUUUUCGGCGUGUUUCCCAUAGUGUCUUUACCAAAAGCCGUCAUAGACUGCGGCUGGAAAGGAAUCCCGCUGGUCAUCUUUGUGUGCAGUUUGCAAAUGUACACCGCAGUUUUGUUGGGAAAAUGUUGGAUAAUUGCCGAAGAGAUUCAGCCCAGGAUUCAGUCGAAGAACCGCUACCCUUAUUCUGCGCUUGCCGAAAUAACGUACGGGGAAACAUUGGCUAAGAUCGUGACGUUUCUUUUAGAUGCGACUAUACUUUGCGCUGGAAUACCAAACUUGAUUUUAGCAUCCCAAAAUCUACAGCUGGUGGGAAUGAACUUGACAAACAACGAAUUUAAUAUGUCUUUCUGUUACUGGAUGAUCAUAAUAGGGAUGGUUAUGUGUCCCUUCCUGUGGCUGGGGAGCCCAAAGGAUAUGAAGUGCCUCUGUACUGUUUCAGUUUGUAUAGUGUCGUCUGUUUUUAUUUUAAUAUUUCUCAGUAUUAUUUCGGAUGAUGGAACCGCAUCAAGUGCCAGAACUAUGCCGUAUUACAGCCAGCCAUAUGUCUGGCAAAACUUGCUGUCCGGUUACGGAAUUAUAACAUUCCAGUAUGACAUUCAUCCCACAAUUUUAACGAUACUGGUGGAUAUGCAGAAUAAAAUGGAAAUUGGUAAAGCCGUUCUUGGAGGAUUCUUUGUGUCACUUGGAUUCUUUUCAAUCACAUGCCUUGCCGUUUACGUUCAUUUUGGUACAGAAAUAGGACCAAGCAUUUUAGAAAUGCUCCCCAGCACGAUUACAGUACAUUUUUGUGCGAUUUUGGUAGCGGUUCAGCUUAUGUUAUCGUCAGCAAUUGGGAAUAGUGCGUUAUAUCAGCACAUUGAAGAUUAUUUUGGAAUCCCACGAGAAUUUAAUUACAAGAGGUGUAUAAUGAGGAGUGUCGUAGCUGUAUUUUCUAUUAUACUUGCAGAAUCAGUUCCAAGGUUCGACUUGGUUAUGUCUUUGCUCGGAGGAGCGCUUACCGGUCCAUUAGUUUAUCUUCUUCCUCCACUAUUUUUUAUGAGAAUGCUCACUUUGCAAGACGCACACUUGAACACUAUUCAAAUGGAAGCUGUGUAUAAUACAGCCGUCGACGAGAAAGAUACGUUACCAACUGACUUUGGAAAAAUUAACCAUGGAUAUUUUAAAAUUCGGUUUAGAAAAGCGCAAGUUGCUUUUUGCAUGUUUAUUAUAUCGUGCGGAUUCUGCACGACGUUGGCAACUACCUACUGGAAUAUUGUUAAUACCAUUAGAUACGUACAUUUUAGCCCCCCGUGUAUCGUUAACAUUUAUAACUCUACACAGUGGUGGCAGGUUUAA